AUACGUUUGUGGCAAAGCGAAAAGCGCGUUAGUUUUCUUCUUUAGCUUUGGGUUUCUGAGUUGAAGGUAGUUAAUUUUUAGAAAUGUCGAACGAUGAUUCUGAUUCGGAAUUCAACGCGAAUUCAGAAAAUGAUGAAUGUGAUUCUGACAGUGAUGAGCCUGUAAAUGAGAAACUAACCCUGAAAGCAAAAAAAAUUAGACGCUCUAAGGGAAAGUGGAAACUAUAUUAUGAAUCUCGUGUUUUUAAAAAAGAAUGGUUGGAUUUAUUCCCGUGGGUUGAGGAAGAUCCAGAUAAUCCGAAGUUAGCUAUAUGUAGAGCAUGUAAUCAAAAGAUUAAAGCUCAUAAAGGCAUUCUUGAAACGCAUGAAAAGACAAAGAAGCAUAUUAGAAAUAUUUCAGGUUCAGAUGAUCUUGAAGAACCAAGGCAAAAUGACAGACCAGAAGCAAGAUUUGGUGGACCUAUUCCUAUUGACCAGAUGGUGUCUGAUGAUCAAAUAAAUUUCUUCACUGAAUCUCCUGUUGAUGCUGCUCAUCAGGCAGUUACAACCCUAAUUGAUAAAUUAGUAGAAAAAUAUCAUGAAAACAGGCUGGAAAAUCUUAAACUUCAGAAUGAAGCAAUGAUUCAACUCAAUAUGGAGCGAGCAAAGUUACUGCGAUCUGAAAACCAGCGAAAGCUGGCAAGGAGAUUACAGCAAGAAAAUUAUUCUAAACAAGCUCAGGAAACUAAAUUGAAGUUAAUGCAGAUGCAGCACGAAGUUAAGAUCAAUGCUAUGGAAAGUGAAAGAGAUGCAAAACUUAGGGCAAUAGAACAAGAGCUAAUGUUUGCGAGGCAAGAGUAUGAAAAGAAAGUAAAGUUGUUAGAUGCUCAACUUUCCUGCAUGAAAUGAAUUGCUGGAGGUUUCACAUCAGUUCUUCAUGAGUUGUGUUACUAAAGCAUAGGUUUAUUUCGGUAGUGAAUUUUUUUUUUUUUUUUUUUUUUUUUUUUUUUUUUUUAAUAUCUUAUUUACACAACGAGAAAGUUAGUAGCAGAAAAUAUGUAUAUGAUGUUUUUUUAACUUGAUCAUAUUUUAUUUUUUGUAGAAUUGGAUUUAUUAUGUUUGCUGUAGUUGAUAUUCUCAUAUUAUGGUUUCAAGUUCUUUCUUCUGUGGUUCAUUUGAAACUAUGCAAGUAUUCAUUCUAAGAAUUAAUUAUUCAUCAGUAAACCUCAUACAUUUCAUCAAGCUGUACAUUUCAUUUCAUUGUUUUUAAAUCAUAUAUGUGCGCUAGUGCGAUAAAGUUUGUAAAUUGAAGG